UCUUUUGACGCGAACGCGCGCGUAGCUGUCAGUAGGAAAUACAGGCUGUUCGUGUCUGCCGAGCCCCUGCGGCUGUGCCUGGACAUCUGAUCACAGAAAGUCGGCCUAUUACAAAAUGAAAAUUAUCACUUACAGACUCGCUUGACUUUGGUGAGAAUGCGUCGAACAAGUGCGCAUGUGUAACCGAGAUACCGAGGCAUCCAGCUAGCUAGCACGGCUAACAGAAACAGAACACUAUCAGGGCUAAUGCUAAUAGUUAAAUAAGCUAACUUAGCUAGCUGUUAACUUAGCUAGCUAGCUCACGGAUUGCGGGACGUUUGUUCUCCCAGCUCAUCUCCCCGUUCAGCGGUUCCUGCCCCGGUGUCGCCUUUUCGUGUUCUCAUUAAUUGGAUAAGGUUACGGAACCGGAGCUGUGGCGGGGGGACGAGACGACAGGAACCCCCUGGCUGGCUAUCCAGGCGGACCGAUCACAGUGACACGCCGGUGUGGGAGAGAGUGGAACCAUGGCUGAGCUUUCCACCUUAUCCCCAUCCCCACCUGCUUUGGGUGAUCCUCAUGCAGCUCCAUCUAUCCCUCCGUCAUCACCAGGGCUUCCUCCACCUAACAGCACUGCUACGGAGUCUCCCAGGGAGGUGUCCAUACCCAAGUCUUCCCUUUUUAAUGACAAAGCUUUGAGUGGAAAAACUUCUGCAGUACUGACAGGGGGGUCACCCUUGAUUCCCCACCGAUCCUCAAAUCCUCCCAGCCUCACAGCUGAGACCCCCCUUCUAUCAUCGGUACAGCAGCCUGCUCCAGGGAAUGAAGAAUCAGCAGGAAACGAUACAGAGAAAAAGACUAAAAAUCCUUCCGCUGUGGAGAUCUUGAAUACUGAAACUGAGACCCCUAAAAUGAUGAGUGAGCCACCAGCUCCAAGCGAGGUGGCACAGGCGUCCCCCUCUCCUGAUCUAAAUCCUGGUCUUAACCUGUACCCUAACCUGCAUGUCACCUGUAACCCAAAUCCUAUCGUAGAUGAAGCUCAACUUAAAGUGGGACAACCCCAGACCACUGCAGGUCCCAAUCCCGCACCUGCUCCUCCAGUCUUAUCAUCAGCAGCAGCUGAAGAAGAAAAACCUCAGCCGCUCCAAGAAGCACAAAAUGCUCCAAACGAGCCUCCACCUUUGUCCCCAAAGCCUGGUACUCCCAAUGAAGCCAGGAUGGGAGAACUGCCGGCUACUCCUACCAGAGCUGAACCCCACAGCCCACCACUCCCACUGAUCCAAGAGCCACCUUUGUCCUUCGCUCUACCCAACCCCAAACCCCGGCCGGCACCAGACACCCUCAGUUACCUUGAGUCAGCCAGCCUUAUGUCGGGAACUUUGGAGUCUCUGUCUGGACUGGGAGAAGAUGGCAGCUCUGUGGGGUCAGAUUCAGAGAUUAAUGGCCUAACUGUCAGACGCACUGACAAGUAUGGCUUCCUAGGUGGGAAUCAGUACAGUGAAGGGGGUGAAAAGGAAGUUCGAGUUGAAGUUGCACGACAGCGGGAGAUGAAAUGGCUCGACAUGUUCUGCCACUGGGAUAAGUGGGUCAAACAUCGCUUCCAGAAGGUGAAGCUGCGCUGUAGGAAGGGGAUUCCGUCUUCUCUCAGAUCAAGAGCCUGGCAGCUGCUGUCAAACAGUGAAGAGCUUCUAAGAGACAACCCUGGGAAAUUUGAGGAGCUGGAGAGAGAGCAGGGAGAGGCUAAAUGGUUGGACAUUAUAGAGAAGGAUCUCCACAGGCAGUUCCCCUUUCAUGAGAUGUUUGCUGCUCGCGGUGGCCACGGGCAACAGGAUCUGUACCGAAUCCUCAAGGCCUAUACCAUCUACCGGCCUGAUGAGGGUUACUGCCAGGCCCAAGCGCCGGUGGCUGCUGUGCUGCUCAUGCACAUGCCUGCUGAGCAAGCGUUUUGGUGCCUCGUCCAAAUAUGUGAGAAGUAUCUUCCUGGCUACUACAGUGCAGGGCUGGAAGCGAUUCAACUUGAUGGCGAGAUCUUCUUCUCUCUGUUGCGUCGCACGUGUCCAAUGGCGUAUCGUCAUCUUAAGAAGUUCAAGAUCGACCCCAUUCUCUACAUGACGGAGUGGUUCAUGUGUAUCUUCUCACGCACUUUACCAUGGUCCUGUGUCCUGCGUGUAUGGGACAUGUUCUUCUGUGAAGGAGUGAAGAUAGUCUUCCGUGUCGGCCUGGUGCUACUGAAACAGAUGCUUGGCUCUGUGGAUAAACUUCGGGAACUUCAGGGCAUGUAUGAGACCAUGGAGCGUCUAAGAAACAUCUCACCCGACACUAUCAGAGAGGACAUAUUGGUACAGGAGAUCGUUGCUCUCCCAGUGACUGAGGCACUCAUAGAGAGAGAGUGCAACAUUCAGGUGAGGAAGUGGAGGGAGUCCAGAGGGGAACUUAUGCACCAGCCGGGACGCCGCCUUCAUGGUACAAGAGCUAUCUUUGAGUACAAACGCAGAGCUGCUUCCAUCAGCUCUGGUGGAAGCUUCUCUUUCCUAGGAAGCCCAGUCCCACCACCAGGACCCCUCAGGGCCUCUUCCAGUCUGCUGUCACUCCCUGGCUUCCGCAAAUCUAAGGCUCCUUUCCACUCCCACGCCAAGAAGGGCUCCUUCUCAGGGCCGUCAGGAUUUGACGGCUUUCCACCUCUGUCACCACCCGCAGUAACAUCAAGCUCGAACCGAGGGCCCAGCCAGAAACCACCUAUGCCACCAGGGGCAGGUCAGAAGGCAGCACCACAGAGCCCCUUAGUCACAAAGGUGGCUAGUUCAUCUCAUGGUCCUGCUCCAGCCUCAGAGAGCAACUCAGCACAGGGCGAGCCUGCUUCUUCGGCCCCAAUGCAAAGCACACCACAACCCCCCGCUACUCUGGCCCCCUCUCCUAAGAUCGUCUCGGAGCAAAUUACUCCCACUAUCCCCUCACCUACUGCAAACAACGCCCCUCUGCCCCCAUGCCCAGAUUCAAAAAAAGAAACAGCACCUCCAUCAGCCGAUGCCGCAAAUGUGGAGGAAGAAGGAAAGAAGAAGAAGAAAAGCAAAGAGGACAAGAAGAAGGAGAAGGAAGAUGAGAAGAAAAAACAGAAGGAAAAGAAGGAAAAAGAAAAGGCUGAAAAAGAGAGGCUCAAAAAAGAGAAAGAGAAGCUAGAAAAAGAGAAGAAGAAAGGGGGCAAGAAAAAAGACAAAGGAGGAGGAGGAGGAGGGGAUGCAGAGGACAAAAAUGGAGCUGCAGCAGCGAAAGAAUCGGCCUAAUUUUCCACCUCGUCAUUCCAGGAUAACAAAAAAGGGAGGCUGAACAAACAAAACAAAACAAACAAAAAAAAGAGGUCAGGGGAACAAAGGAUCCCCAAAAACAGUGACUAAUAUAAAAAAUGGGAUGGCUUCCUAUAUAAUACAUCAUUUCAAGGAUUUAAAGUAGUCUAAGGACUAUUUUGGAGAAAACUGGAUCAUGAUUUCAACAGCACCUCGGGGCACUUUUUGCCUCUCGUGAGAUGGGACAAAAUUUCCUUAUCUUUUUCUUUUUUUCCCCAACUGGAGCAUGGACUGUGAAACUUUUUUUUUUAAUAUUAUAUAUAUAAAGUAUUGCAGUCACUUUCUGUUUUAGUUUUUUAAAUUCCUCCUCUUUUUUUAAUUAUUUUAAUCAAACUGAUGGCAGUGGUAUGAGGAAAAAUUGGCUCAAACACUUGCAGAAGUUGUUACGGUGCCAUAGAAAAUGUAAAUAAAAGGUCUACCUACGAUACAUAGGAUCGUGUUAACACUCCAUAUGCCCCGUCACUUCUCAUCUGAUGAAGGGUUAUUUGGGGAAAAGGGAGAAAACGAAAAUAAAUCAUUUAAAGUCAUCUCAAACGCAGGCACUGAAGACAGAAAUGCUAGUAAUAUUUGUUGAGGAUGUAUUUAUUGUCACGUUAAUUGUUGUCUGUGCCUUAGUAGUAUAGUGAAAUGUGUCAAUGUGCUUUGUGUGGCCUCCCUUUUUUAAGUCAAACUACCAUUGAAUCCCUUCCGUGUUUUCAAACUUUUACUAGAUUAGAUUUAAAAAACACAAAAACAAAAAAAACAAAAGAGGGAGGAGUAGAGGAAGAAACAGUACCUUGUAGUCUUGUAGUGACUACAGUGUUUUAAUGGGUCACUUUUAUUUUGUUUUGUUUUGUUUUGGACGAGUAGGUAAUGUUUUUAUUUCAGGUUUUAGUUUUUUUUAGUUUUAUUUUUUGUUGUUUUUGUUUUUCAAGGGUUAAAAAAAAAAAGGAGGUACAACAUUAUCAGUAAAUGCUUGUGUGCUAACAUGCAAGCAGUAUCUGUGCACAAGUCCUGCAGACCAAAUAUCCUUCUGUGAGUUUAGUAUUAUUUCAGUUUCAUUGAACAAAAUCGUGUGCGCAGUCAAAAUUUGGUAUGGGUUCCUUAACUCAUUAGAAUGUGAUUUCAAGUAUCGUAAGAGAAUGAAGAAUUUUUUGUUUUUUUUGUUUUGGGUUUUUUGCACUUGUCAUUUUGUCACAAAGCACCACUGAAGGUGACCACUCCUUUUGUGCGGUGACAUGGAAAACAAGCGUCUCAGCAGGCUGGUUUCAGCCUCGUGGACCUAUAGGAAGCCACUUGACUGGAGGUGCCAGGUGUGCCAAUUGUAGCAUUAACCUCUGAUCUUUGACCUUUUGGGCUCUGAUGUAUUUAUGUAAAAAGUGGUUAAUUUAAUCAAAUAUAGUAUAUUAUGAAUUAUUAUUAUUAUUUUGGAUCUGAGUAUUUUUCUAUCUAAGUGAGAGACACCUGGUUGACUGGAAUUGAGGCUGACUACACAGCGUAGUUGCAGAGGAACUGUUUAAAGUCUUUUAUUUUUAUUUCAUUUCUUGUUUUCUUUUUUUGUUUUCUUUUUGCACAUUAAGUCUUCAGCUUCAGCAAACUCGAUGCAUGUCUUCUGGUUUACUUUCACUGUUGGUUUGGUCAGCUUAGGUUCACGAGUCUCCAGUUUACUGAAGUGCAGUAUUAACAGACUUGAGUGUGGGGGAAAAAAACGAGCCUUAGACUUGAGAGAACAAACUUUAGAACGACUGACUUUGGCAGAAUAUUUAGGAACUGAAGGUAUUUGUACUGUGUCAUAUACUAAAAAGUGGUUUUUAAUUGAACAUCUUAAGUACGUCUGUCUCACCAAGUUGUGUUGUAACAUUCAUAAUGACUUAUGGACUAACUCCCUAAUGUAUUUACACUCAAUGUUCUGUACUGUAACAUAUUUAUGCAUACAUUAAAUGGCACUGAAUCCUGUCAGUAUAUGAUGAAUAGUGCCAGGUAGUUAGUGUAAACCAUUUGAUGGCAAGAAAAACAAACAUUGAUGCUCUUUAACUGUACUGUUUGGUAGUUGAUGAUUAGAGGGACUUUCGUGUACUUGUAGCCAACAUGUCCUCCAUAUUCAUUGUUUUCCCACUUGUUUCAGGUCUUCACAUGGCUGUCAUUUAUAUAUAAAUAUGAAUAUCUCACACACACUCUCCUUCCCUCUUCUGUUUCGACGGCAGCGCAUUAUAGGCACAGAUUAAGUGUAGUGUUUAGUGUGGAUAAUCUGAACACAUCUAUGCAAACUUUGCUUCAUCAUGACUGUUGGCGUGUGUGUCUAUGUGGUGACAGCAGCACUGAUUUUACCUCUGAUCGUGCUGAUCUGAGUGGUGCCGUCGGGGGGAAAAAAGGAUUUUGUGCUUCACCACGUGUUUUUUUUUUUUUUUUUCCUGUAACACUUUCAGGCCCGCGGACUAUGAUAUUUAUGAGCAAUAUGUCCUCGCAGCUCACGUCUGGAUGAUGGUGUCGUUUGUCUUUGUUCAGGGGGCUGGAGGUGAUGUGAUGAUCAAAUGAAUCUGACACUAGCUGCUCUUUGCUCUGCUCUGCAAUAGUGACAAAGCCUAUUUGUAUCAGGUCCUUUGUGCAUUUCUCCAUUGACCCUGAAGUUGUAAUUCUUAAGUACAUUUCAUUGGGAAUAACUCAACUGAUGCAAACAUUUCAAAAAAGGAAAAUGUGUCUCAGCUGUGUGGUUUUUUUUGUUUUGUUUUUUUUUUUUCUUCCUAUGCCGUUACGUCUUUAGUGUCUUUAAGUUUACAUGUCACUCGAUUUUCUGGCGAAAGUGAAAUAAAAUCAUAGCUAAUUGAAUUCAUUCCUUCAGAUCUGCAACUGUUGUAUUUAUAAUUAAUGAUGAUAAUGACAUUUGUGAUGAGUAAUAAACCAUAAUAUAUUAAAUCA